GCAACAGCAAAGAGUUUGGCUCAGAGCUCUCAGAGGGCAACGAGGAUGACAUGAAGACUUUCAAUGAAGACAAUUGUCUGCACUCACGGGGGUCUGAGUAUUUUGGAGACAGAACGGAAGCUGGUGUCCUCUGAAGUUUGGGCUAAGCUAAGGGAAUACUUCCCCAAAGCCCCAGAAUUCCCCCAAAACCAAGAGCCUUGCCAGCUGUGCCUGACUCUAGAGCAGGAAGAAAAGGACAACGAGGCGGUAAGUAAGAUGAUGGCCACGGAGCAGAAGAACCAGCUGCUCAACCUCUUCAAUGAGAAGAACCGGCCAAUCCUAAACAAGUGGCCUGAGGACAACGAUGUACUUUACAUAGUCCCGCUGUUUUUUGUGGAGGAAUGGAGAAAAUUCAUAAGGAGGCCCACUAAGUCCUCUCCAGUGUCUAAUGUAGGCAACACUCUGCUGCUCUGUCCUCACGGAGGCUUCAUGUUCACCUAUGACUCCCUCAUCAACGGAGAUGCACAACAGUGAGUUCUGCUUAUUCAACUUAAGAGAACUAGCUUUUCAACUUCCAACCAAACC